AUGCGCGACUUGGCGAAACGCACUACAUCACGUACGAAGAAGUCCCAACCCGAUGGGGACAUGAUGGAGUGGGACCCGACGCCCCCCUCGGCCACCAGGAUCGCCGCGGUGAGGAACUCAGGAGGCAACCCAUCCUCCCGCCCUGAGGACCAGACACUGAUUGGGAAGCGUGCCAAGUGGGUCACGAGUGGAGAGCUGGAGGCCCGAAAGAGAGAUUACACAAAUUUGGUAUAUGGUUAUUUGACAUAA